AUGACGCAUCGAAUACUGAGAGAUCACGACGCUGAUGGCUGGGAAUGCUCCGACUUCCCAAUCGUCUGCGAUUCUUGUCUCGGUGAUAAUCCUUAUGUCCGAAUGACGAGAGAUGGAGGAACAGAGCACAUGUUUGUAGUUUCUUCAUUAGGGGAGAGUGUACUAGAGGUGAAGAGUGUCUUUACCAUCAUGAGAUGCCUAAGACUGGAGAGUUAUCUCAGCAGAAUAUUAAGACCGUUACUAUGGUGUAAACGAUCCAGUAGCGUUGAGCUGGUGUGGCUCAAAGUGGAUUGCUGCCUUGAGCUGUGA